AUGGAGAGCUACAGCAGCGCCACUGAACAUACUUAUAACGAAUCACGCACGCAGCGCAAGCUAUUUGUAUUGCGAGGCAUAGCACCACUCAGCGCAUUCACUUCGCUAGCAAUUUCCCUGAUUACAGCUGUCGGUAUAUCACCCAGUCUGAGCGACAUAAAUGACGAUUUCUAUACGCAUCUUACACCCAAGGCAUCGAUGGUAGGUAUAUACUGGAUGUUGCUGUACGGACUACAAGCAGGAACCUGCUAUCUUUUCGUAGCCUCACAGAAGGAACCCACGCAGCAUACUAUGAAUGUCCUCGGCUACCAAUAUGUCCUCUCCCAUGCUGUUCAUGCGCUCUGGGCGAUAUGUUGGAUACUCCGCUCAUUCUCACUCGCUGCUCUGCUUAUGGGUAUUCAAUCCAUCAACCUCGCCCUGCUCUAUGUGCAGCUAUGUCGCGUCGAGUAUGCACCCACCAAAUCACGUCCACUUGACUACAUAUUCGUGCAUCUGCCUAUACGUAUGUGGACAGUCGUAACUCUCGCCGUCGACGUCAGCCAGUCCGUCUUUAUCGCUGCCGAUUACCUCAGCACACCGACGUGGCGGUUCGGUAGGCAUCAAGUUGCGGCUGUUUGCGCACUCGCGCUGCCACUCGUCAUUGGAUGCGCAGUGGUGCUGAUUAAAGGAGACCAUAUCUGGAUGGGUGCGCAUAUGUGGGUCCUCCUCGCUCUAUUCCUCCGCCAUCCAAAACCUUUCGCGGUAAACGGCGUCUGCGUCGCUGGAUGGAUCCUUCUCCCCCUCUGCCUCGUCGGUCACUCAGCGGCUAAGAAGUUCCUCGAGAGGCGCGACGAGCUGCAUAGAGUGAGGCUCGAGGAGGAUGACGAGAGCAGUGUGUCUGGAUGA